AUGCAGUUCCUUGUCAUCGCCUCUCUUGUUACCGCCGUCGCUGCGGCCGGCCCAUGCCCAGCUGGUGGCCUUUACGCCAACCCCCUGUGCUGCACUGAGGACAAUGGUCUUGCUGGCACCAUCUGCUUCGGCCCCUCGGGAUCUGCCACCACUGCAAAGGCCCUCAAUGCUGAGUGCGCCAAGCUUGCCAAGAAGGGUGCUUGCUGCGCUCCUCCUAUUGUUGGUCAGGGCCUUAUGUGCCGAGAUGCCAUCUAA